AUGGCGCCUGGGAGUCGAGAGAAACCCCGAAUAACUAGGUGGAUGCGUUUGCGGAGAUUCAUCUACAACCUUGAGUCACCUCUCCGUCUUCGCGGCACCCUCACACGCCUGCGCCACCGACACAAGCAUCCCUACCUGGCGCUUCUUCGUCUUCUCCUUCCACUGCCGACAUGGCAUUUCCAGCUGCCCGAAUGCGUUCCUCACAAAGUGAUGCUGAAUAAUGUUUCGCUGCUGCAGUCCCGAAAGGCCACAGCGGACCUCACCAAUAUGCGCUCUGUGCCACUGUGGCGUGCCAGAGACACCCCUCUCCGAUCUCUAUACCGGAUAUACGAGGCGAUGGCGGCACGCGAGUUCUACGCCAUCGGCGCGGAGGUGGAAUACUUUUGGUACCAAUCGCGGGGGUCGUGGGCGGCGCAUCACAUACCGGAUCCCCAUGACAGAGACCCGGUACGGUAUGCCAUCCUGGCCUGCAUCGCGGAGGAACUGGCGCGGUCGUUUAACUGGCGGAUGAGAAUUGGAAUGCGACGCGACAAAAGCAAGCACAUUUUCCGUAAGACAUUCGACGACCCGCUUCCGCCCUUCACUCCCGAAACCCCACCUGGCUGGACCAGGAAGGUCCCUGCCAUCGACAUCCAACUGAUAUCCGACCUGCCGCCAGAGCUACUCGACGGCUCGGGCAGACUCGUCCUCGAACCCGGGGGCGAAAACCCGAUCUUUGCGGAGAGAAAUAUUGUAACCGAUACCGGGCAUUUCUACACCGUCUAG